UGCACCGGACCCGUCGACAUGGCCGCCCUGAACAAUGGCAAAGCGUCGGAGAGGUUGAUGGGAUCUCUGACAGUGGACAGCGUGCGGGCCCUAGCCACAUCUCUCACAGCCACAGAUCACAUUCCUACAAGAUACAUCCGACCUGAAGUCGAAUCCGAGGCCGUCAUCAUCCUCGGUGCGGCAGACGAAGAUGAAAUCCCAGUCAUUGAUUACCACAAACUACUCGACCCAGAGCUCUCUGACGCCGAGUGCUCCAAGCUCCACCUCGCUUGUCAAAACUGGGGUUUCUUUCAGUUGAUAAACCAUGAUGUUCCUAAGGAGGUGAGUCAGAGGAUGAUGUUUGUGAUUGAAGAGUUCUUCAAGCUUCCAUUAGAUGAGAAGAUGCUGUUCAAGCAGCGUCCUGGCCAACCUGAUGGUUAUGGCCAGUUGUUUGUUGUCUCUGAGGAACAGAAGUUAGACUGGGCUGACAUUCUCAUCUAUCAUACCUGGCCUCUUCAUUUGAGAAAAAAUGCAUUAUGGCCUACAAAGCCAUCUACUUUCAGGGAUGCUUUGGAUGAGUAUUCCAUGGAGGAGAAGAAAUUGGCAAAUUGUCUUCUUGGAUUUAUGGCUAAAAACUUAGGACUUUGUCAGGCAGAGAUAACAGGAAACUUAGAGAAUGGAGUUCAAGUUGCGAGGAUAAACUGCUACCCUCCCUGUCCUGUGGAUAGGAAGGUGUUGGGCUUGUCCCCUCACUCUGAUUCUUCAAUUUUAACUCUUGUUCUUCAAGUGAAUGAUGUUCCAGGGCUGCAAAUCAAGAGAAAUGAUAAGUGGCUCCCCAUCAACCCUUUUCCUGGCGCUUUUAUUGUUAAUGUUGGAGAUGCUUUGGAGAUAAUUAGCAAUGGAAAAUACAAGAGCAUUGAGCACAGGGCAGUCACAAACACAAAGAAAGAACGCUUCUCUAUUGCAGUAUUUCAUGGUCCAGAGAGUAAUGGCACAGUGGGACCCCAUCCAGAGCUAGGUGAGCCACUCUACAAGAGUAUGGACUUUGAGAGUUAUACAAAUCUCUACCUAGCAUCUAAACUAGAUGGAAAGAGCUUCUUGGGUCGCUUGAAACUGAACAAAUAAUGCGACUUGCACCUUAUGUAUUCUAUUA